UAUAAUUUUAAAAUGACCGAAAUACAGACGCGAGUAGAAGAUGUUGGGCAUAUUCUGGUCAAAGUUCAAGAUGACUUGCGUCAGUUGCGAGAAAAGAUGGCAGCAGGGGAAGGAAAUAUUACUGCUGCCGAAGUUGAAAAAGCCCUAGCAAAAACUGAAGAGGGUUUGCAGAGGCAUACAGAAGAAAUAGUCUAUCACCUAAACAACAGGGUACAGAUGUUACCACUAGAUGGAGUAGAUGAAAAUGAACAGUAUUAUCCAACAGAGAGUGUUCAAGAGCUAUACAAUGUUGAAUAUAGAAGGCCAACAUAUGCCCCAGACAGAGUCCUUCUAAAAAGACAGCCCCUUCCACCUGGUGUUAAGCUGCCACUUAGGAAAAUGAUGCAGAUGCAGGGUUUGACUCCAGGCCAGAAGCAUCAACAACAGCUGGCUUUGAGAAACAUUAUAAAUCCUCAGAAUCAGAUGAACAGAAAUGUUAUGAAGGAAAGCUAUGGCAUUCAGCUUCCACUCAUUAAUGAUAAAAGAGUUACAAGGCCGCCAUUGAAACCUAUUUUAGGUUCUACUGUGGAACAUUUAACUGUUUUACCUAAAGCCAAUAGAGUAGAUGCUUCUCUAGCCCCACCUCCAAUUGAAGAAGAAGAUGCCAGAAAAGGAAUUCUAAGUCUGCUAGAGAGAGGUCUUAUUCCACCAGCUGCCCUGCUCACACUUGACCCUUCUCCCAUUAAAAAUAAAACCUUACAACUCUACAGUUCUGAGGACAAACUUAAACUUCAGCACAUUCAUGACUCCAAUCCUAGUAGCUGGGCUUUAAUGAAGAUGGAGCCAAAGCCAGAGGAGUCCCAACCACCACUGCCACAGAUACCUGUGAUUAAGGGAAACAAGUCACCUGAAGCUAGAAACACUUCUGCGAAAACCUGGCGAUCUUCCUCUGCAUCUAACAACAGAUAUUUAAAAACACCAGCAUCAGUCAAAACUUAUGAAAUGCCUCUCCAGCCUUAUCUUCCUUUUCUUCAACAGCCUCCACCAACAACUCCGGCAAGUGGAGACUACAAACAAACAAGUCAUAGAUUUGCUAUUCAGAAUGGUAAAACUCGAGACACUCAGCCAGAAUACCUGGCAUUCAAGGAGCACUACUCUUCAUCAUGGGGAAGUAUAGUUUCUAUGAUCAAGAACCUGGAGAAAAUGUUGUCUUUAUAUUCUGUGCCUAUUGCUUUCAUCAGUGGAGAUAAGCUUGCUGACCUUGCCUUGGAAUAUGAACUUGAGAAGUCACCUGGUAUUGCAGAAAUGUUGUGUGUAAUCAUUAACAGAGAGGAUGUGGAGGCUAUAAUAAACAAACCAGGCAGAAAAUACAUGGGUGCCAAUGGUAGAGUAAUGGCAGCAACAAAAAUACAAUCCUUGUGGCGCAGAUACCGUGAGCGGUCCCAAUACUUGGAAUACCGCAGGCUAAAGUGGGCAGCAGGUGUGAUUGCAAUCUCUUGGAUAAUGAGAAUCAAGAUGGCCAAGAUGAGACACCAGUUAAGGCAAACAAGACUUGAUCAACUAGAGGCUUUCAAGCGCAGAUCUAAAAAAUUCGCAGCUUCAUGGGACAGAAUAAAGAAUUCUCGUCGUGUGAUUAUUCAUGUACCUUCACUUGGCUUCAGCCAGUCCAUUAGAGAAUCCAUUCCAGAUUUAGGCAUGAAACAAAACACACAAAUGGCAAGACUUUGUGACAUUAGAGAUCCAAAUGUUGAUGUGAUAUACAUAUCAGCUGUGCCUUUGAGUGACGAGACUCUGCAAUACUAUUCCAAGCUACUGGGUCUUAGCUCAGCUGUGGCCAGCAGCAACCCACAAGACCAGUCUGACAUGUCAGAAAGAUAUAAAAUUUUGGUUCCAGAAGCAAUUAAAAGUUUCCCUGCUCAUUCAAUGUGUCUUUCAACAAUACUAAAAUACAGUCCCCGCACUUUGAAAAGAAUAAAAAAUCUGAUCAAAGGUCGGGAUGCUUACAUGGUGACAGGUAUCCCCCACAAGGAUGAUCUGGCUGUAGCUGAUGCGCUGGAUGUUCCCAUCCUGUGCCCUGAGCCUGAUGUGGCUCACCUGUACUCCACAAAGUCUGGUUGUAAGAGGAUACUGGCCAGUUCCAACAUUGACAUUCCACCUGCUGAAUAUGAUGUUUAUAGUUUAGGACAGCUCCAUGAGUGCCUUGCACAACUUGUGACAGAAAAUCUAGGUGUGCAGCGAUGGCUCUUUAAACUUGAUGAUGAAUUUGAUGGGCGAGGCAUUGCUUACUGUGAUGUGGCUCAAUACCUGAGGUGUUACAAGUGGGCUCGUAAAGAGGAGCAAAGAUAUGGCGAAAAGUGGAGUAAAAAGUGGGCCCAGGAAUCAGCAUACAUCAAGAUACAUGCAGAGAUUCCUGAUAUUUUGUCCAGCUAUGCACAGCCUGUAAACACUAAAGUUUUCCCAGAUUGGGAUGCAUAUCUGAAAGCUUUUCUGGCCAAAGGUGGCAUAAUUGAAGCUUGCCCCCCAUCUGAAAACAUAACAACACUUACUGCUGAUUUGCUGAUAGAGCCCUCAGGACUAGUCAACAUCUUGACCUGUGGUGACCAGGUCCACGCUGAGAGCCAGUUCUCCUGUUGGGGUCUCUCUGUACCUCAGUCUUCCACUGAACCAUCUGAUGUCAAUGCUGUCUGCAACAGGAUCGCUGAAGCAUGCAAAACUAGGGGAAUCAUGGGAUAUAUGAGAAUUGAUUUGGUCACUUUCAUUGACCCCAAAACAAUGGACCAGAAAAUAUGGGCCAUUGAUUUAUGUUUGCACUAUAGUGACAAUCUGGCAAUGUUCAGUUUAAUGGCAUAUGUGACACACGGAACGUUCCAGUCAAAGACUCACGUGUACGAGGUUCAGCUGCCCAACACAGACAAACCUCGUAGAAGAAGAUUAGUUGGACAAGAGGAUGAUCAAAAAGCCAAUAACUUAAGAUAUGCAGUAAUGAGUACGAGGCUGUUACAUACAAAUUUGUCAGUUGUGCACUACAGUGUUUUCUUUCAAAUGUGUCGAGCACAUGGAAUAGGAUAUGACAUUAAAGAUAAAACUGGAACAGUUUUUACCCUUGUCGACAGUUUUAAUAGAGAGCGGCUAGGAAUGUUAACUGUUGGGGAUAACCUGCAAGGGGCAUUAGCCACAUUUGCUCGCAAUCUGUCAGUCAUUCAUCAGGAAAUAUCUGCACCAAAUAUGCAGGGAGUGACCAACUUUAAGAGUGCUAUAGCAGACAUUGAAAGUAUUUUAGGAACAACAGUACAGAAUGCUGAAGACAGUCAAGAAAAGCCUGAAGAAAAGGACAAACUAUCUGCUUCUUAGAUAUUGAUAAAAAUGUAUUCUAUUUUAAUUUGUUUAAAUAAUAGAAAUCAAAGACUUGUGCUGCUAAAGUAAUGGAUUAUAUUUUCUUGAUAAAUAAGCACAUGGAUGGACAUUUUCUGUGAGAGAAAAAACUACAGUUUCAUCUAGCAAAUGAAAUAUUUUAAUUAUAAUAAUCACAAUGAGUAAACUCUUAGUAUGGAGAAGUUCAUGGAGUGCCACCAAUCAAUAUGUUAAUUAAUUUAUCUAUCCAGAGAUAUUAAAUAGAAUGUUUGCAUGUUAACUUCAGAAUAAAUGAGAUUUAACAAUUACUUUUAUGAUAAACAAUGAGUAAUUAUAUAAUUAACAGCAACAAUGUAAAUCUGUAUAAAGUGUUUAAUGUAUAGAGAAUAUUUUACUUUGAUGUUUUUAUCUUUACUUUUUACUGUACAAAUUAACCAGAAGCUGUGAUAAAAUAGUUUAAACUUUUUUAUAUGUGGGGAUAAUGUUGCAUAUGUUGCCAAUCACCUGUGUAUAUAAAUAUUUCUUUUAAAACAUAAGCAUUAUUAUAUUGUGAUAAUUCUUUUACUUGAUAUUACUUUAAUAUACUUUAAAUCUGAUAAUUCUUCUUUUAUUUUUAAAGAAAUGUACUUUUAUACCAUUGUGAGCUUUAAUUUAAUAGCUUUUAAAUUGGUGGAAUUCUUUCUUAAACUUCAUAUGACUCAUUCAUACAUUUAUCUUGUCCUCUAGAUGAAGUGUAAUUGAUUACAUAAAAAGAUUUUAAUUUUGACGUAUCAGUUGUGAAAUGCAAUGCUUAUAUUUCACUAAAAGUUGGUAAAGAUAAAGUUUCAAAAAAUAUGUUGUCAAUCUUUUAAAAAACUCUAAAAUCAUAGCACUGAUUCAAGGUCAAAACAUGUCUUUUAACUUAAGCUACGAAAAGUAUUC